GUUCUUACCCUUCAUCUUGCGACGCCCUCCCCUUGCUUUUUACUCAAACUUUUUCUGCAUAUAAACCAUCACUAUCCAACUUCACCUGUACCAACCGCGUUAACCACCCAUUUUCUUCUCUGAGUCCUUUGUUCUUUCACCACGACUUCAUAUCGCGCCCAGACUUCGACAUCCUUGUCGCCAUCGAACUCGAUUAGCGUCAGGAAUCAAACGACGGCAAGGAUGGCUCAACCUUCUUCAUCUCACCAUGACCGCGACCGUGAACGUGAACACAGACAUCGCUCAGAACGUGAGCGCCACCACCACCACCGUACCAUCUCGUCUACGACUCUACUGCUUGUUUUAUCAUUGGUUCUCGCUGUUCUCGCUGUGAUGCUUUCACUGCCCUCCUCUUCAAGUGGAGCCGGCAAAGACGACCCCGCGUCAUCAGGACUGUGGGGAUACCUUACUCCAAAACGCUCGCAGGUUUUGGUAGCCCGCGAGAGCUCAGUUGCCUCGCGAGAGGCUGAGGUUGCUCGCCGUGAGGCCGAACUUCUUGUUGGUGCACCAGGUGGUGUGUUGCCCACUCAAGCUCCCUGCCCUCCUUGCCCUUCGUUCGCAUCUCAAACAAUCGAAUAUGCUCCUGCGCAAACUAUCAUCAAGGAAGUUGUGAAGGAAGCGGACCUCGCUCCCCCUGGUUGGUGGAAAGAGGCUGGCAUUCGUUCUGAGGAGGUUUUGGACCGCGAGUUGCGAGUUGGCGAGCGUGAACGAGAAAUUACCCGUCGCGAAGAGAGUGUUAACCGGAGAGAACAUGAUGCGUCACGUCGCGAAUCUUGGAUCAUGGAACAACUAAUCAUUAUUGGGAACGACAGCCCAACUGUAGAAGAAGAGUACAUCUAUGAACCUACAAGUCCAAAGAGAAAACUCAAGGAACUCCCUCCUCUUGUCGUUGCCGAAACCGAAUUCAGAACUGUCACCUUUACUCAAACCAUGCCAGCCGAAACCGUAACCGUACCACCACCAGCCAACACCCGAUUCGCCGCUUUCCCUACUCCUCAAGUUGUAUCAGCCUCCUUUUCCACUGCAAUUCCCCGAACCACUUCAGUUGAUAUUAUCACUGAAGAGGAGACCUUUGGAGGACCGAAUGAAGAGGAGUAUGAAUACGAGGAGGAAGAAGAAGUGGAGGUGGAUGGCAUACCGACCAGUAGACGGGUUGUGCGGAACGGAAGGCAAGCAAGAAGGCCUCAGCCGAGAGGAUGGUUCGGUGGUUGGUGAACGAUAUUCGAGGGCAUGUUCAUUCUGGUUUCUUCCCCCUUAUCUGCUCCAUUUUUUUUUUCUUACUUGAUCGACGGAAACGCUACGCCCUCUUCUUGGUUCAUUGUUGUCUUAUUCUCUGCCCCUGCCCUUACCUCUACCCGCUUUCAUGCGAGCUAUGACAUGAAUGACUGACGCUUACGAAUGACUUAUUUUUUGAGUAUUGUAGAAUAGGUUAGGAUACACUUUUGUUUACAGUUACCCUCGUCGAAAUAUAAAGAACUGGGGUCUUGUCUAUAUUUU